UCGGCCUCCAGCCCUUUAAACCCCACAAAACCCUAGACUUCGCAGCGAGCAGCCGUCGUCCGAUCCCCACAGAAACACCAAAGCCCGAGCCAUGUCGUCGGCGUCCCUCGCCGCCAGGCUCCUCCGCCGCGCCGCCUCUUCGUCGCGGGCCUCCACCCUAUCCCGACGCUGCGCCCACUCCUCCGCGACGUCCCGCGCGCCCGUUUCGCUUGCCCGUUUCCACCCCGCCGCCGCCUCCCCUUCAGGGACCACUGCCCGCCGCUUCCUGUCGUCGCAGUCCCCGGCGUCUUCCUCCAAGAUCUCCCCGGACGAGAACCUGAGGCGGGUCAUCGACUCCGAGAUCGAGUGCGUCGUCGAAUCGGAGGAGGGCUCCGCGCAGCAAAUUGAUCCACCAGAAGACUUCCCCUUUGAGAUAAUUGAUAACCCUGGUGAUCAGUCCAUCGUUCUCAAAAGAGAGCUUGCAGGAGAGACUAUUAAAGCUACUGUCUACACAAAUUUUGAUACUGAGGAAGAUUUGAACAAUGAGGACUCUGGUGCUGAGAAUGAUGAUGACUCAUUUAAGCCAGCACUUCAGAUGGUUGUCACUGUUGAGAAACCAGGAGGCUCAAUCCUGGAAUUUGAGUGCAACUUUAAUGAUGAUGAACUGGCAAUUGAAAAUAUGAGGUUGCUGAAUCGCGAUGCCAAGUUUACUGAGAAUGCAUAUGAGGGGCCACAAUUCUCUGAUCUGGACGAGAGCUUGCAGAAGUCCUUUCACAGGUAUCUUGAGGUGAGGGGGAUCAAGCACUCGCUGCAUGACUGGCUGCACGAGUACAUGAUGAGCAAGGAUGAGAAGGAGUACGUGGUUUGGUUGAAGAACAUGAGAGAGUUCAUCGAGAAAUGAGUGCCACUGCCCGUCAUUCUCUUUUAAUAGAAAGAACAUGCCUGGUGCUCUAUGUCAAACCUGUCUGAUCAUAAUUGUGCCUUGCUUUCUGGCACACCAAGUCUCGGUGGACGCUGAGCUGGAUUUAUAUUUUGCUGGACCUGUUUAGCUGUAGAAAAGUUUUGGCAUCUUAUCUUUCGAUGUUUAACCUGUGAUCCGUUCAGAUAUGAUCAGUUCAUGUAUUUUCAGCCGUGAGUAUAUUGCUACGUACGUUCUAGAACCAUGAGGGGAUGAUUUGAGAUA